AUUAAAUAGGUUUUGUCAUAUGAUCAGGGAGUAUAAACUAGUAGUUCUGGGGAGCGGCGGCGUUGGGAAAAGUGCUCUGACUGUGCAAUUCGUCCAAGGUAUUUUUGUGGAGAGAUAUGAUCCUACAAUUGAAGAUAGCUACCGGAAGAGUGUAGAUGUCGACGGUGUGAUGUACAUGCUAGAAAUAUUAGAUACUGCGGGAACGGAGCAAUUCACUGCAAUGAGAGACCUUUAUGUGAAGAACGGCGAAGGCUUUCUUUUAGUCUAUUCCAUUGUUAACCAGGCAUCUUUCAAUGAGCUGCUGGAUAUUCGAGAGCAUGUUACCCGUGUCAAAGACUCUCAGGAUGUGGCAAUGGUUCUAGUCGGCAAUAAAUGCGAUCUCGAUAGUGAAAGAGUGGUUGGAAGGGACCAGGGCAAUAAUCGAGCCAAGCAAUUCAAUUGCAACUUCUUUGAAGUGUCAGCGAAGAAUAAAAUAAACGUGCAUGAGAUUUUCUACGACCUUGUGCGAACGAUAAACAAACUGAGUCCGUCCAAAUUCACGAAGACCAAGAGCUCCAAAAGACAGAAAGGAAGGAAGCAGGGCAAUAACAGAGCGGGUGGAUGCGUACUCUUAUGAGAGCAUCUUAUAUCCUCAGUUCUAUCUCUCAUUAUUGAAGCUCAUAUCAGCUUUCUCUUUUUCUAUACUAUUAUCCAGUUUUGACUGAUAAGAUUGACGUGUUUAAAUGUAAAACGGAAUCAAUUCAAGUACGAAGAUCUUAAACGCUGUUCUAAGCUUUUUCAGAUUAAAUUUU